GUAGAACGGGCUUUAUAGGCAUUUUUUGGUUUCUUUCUACGGCUGCGUUUCGUUUCAAAAUUCGUCGAGAAGAUGGCGUUUCAAUUUUGAUGCCGAGAGUGCCGAAUGUGUUAUUAAUGCGUAUACGUUAUAUUCGCAUGUGUAUAUUACUGAGAGGUAUUCUUUGAAAGCGCGGUUUUCUCUUAACCUUGAAGAUGCGCGGGCAGUCAUCGAGAUUGUGGUUGAAUUCAUAAACAAUUGAAUGAAUUGAAUGUGAAGUACGCUAUGACCAGAGAGCGCAAUUAACCCCCACGAUUGUACUCUAAAUUGGAUAGAAAUCCUGAUACUUUGUCCUGUAAAGGACAGAAAACCAACGGGCCAAAGAAAAAGAAUGUCAAGUAACGUGGAACCGUAGACCAGAAUUAUUGCAGUGUCGCUGAUUAAGUUAUUAAUUUGAUUCGUGUGUCCUUCGUUUAUUUGUUAAUUUUUUUAAAUAUCAGCCGCUGAUUAAUUGCGAUCGGCUCGCACUUCGAUCAUGUGGAGAAAUACUGAUUAAUCUCGUCAACUCUGCAGUGACUUCGUGUAUAAUGCAGACGUUUGCCGAACGAAAGACAUAACAAGAACAAUCAAGAACGCCGCAAGAACUUGCUUACCACUUUUAUGGAAUGUACAAAAAGGAAUGUGAAACUGUCGUUGUUGGAUGCGGAAAAGGAAGAUUGAGUAUGUUUCUUAUGUAAUCCUGAAUCGAUUUGGGACUUGCAAACCAUAUGCGCCGCUGUAAUGGAUUCCUUUCCCAAAAAGGAUAGCAAGAGAAGUACCAACAAGCUUGAAAAACGUGUUUUACCAUCUCAGGUGCAACGAAUAAAAAGAACUAAAGAGGUACAAAGAAAUCUCUCGACACUAUGUGACAAAGAGGAUGAUGAUUCUUCUGAAAAGUCAUUUAUCACUGCGAGAACUGCGCAAACAAAUCGUCGCAUGAAUCAUGUUGCGAACUCCGUGAUUCACCAAAAAGUAUUGGAAGUUGAACUGACAGAUUCGUCCAGCGAAGAUUCAUCUAGCGAAGAUUCGUCCAGCGAAGAUUCGUCUGUCUCACAUAAAAAAAAUAAUCGAAAAGAGAGAGAUCGAACGAUGAAAUUUAGCAAUUCCGUAUCGAAAAGUUCAAAAUUGGUAAAAGGAAAGAACACAUUGAAGAGAUAUGUACCUAGUGACUCGGAUAAUGAUUCCACCAAUAUGUCGUCGAUUAAACCAAUUGCAGAGAAACGUAAUGCUAAAUCUGAAAAAAUAGUGAGACGAAAAACGAACAGUCGUGCAUGUUCCUUCGACAGCGAAAGCAAUGAGGAUGAUACGACAACGAAUAAAACGUCAAGUGUAUUAAGGAGAACUUCAAAGGAUAAUAAACAACAGCAUAGGAAAAUGGAUAAUUUUCACAACGCAAGAUCGAAUGACAAGACGAAGAGAUACGACUCAACCGACAGCAAAUCUGAGGACGAGGAGUUUAAAAAGCAAAAUAAAAGGAAAACUCAGGAAGACGAAGGAAAAUGCGGCAAGUUAUCAAUGCAGCGGCAGUUCUCUAAGAUUCAAGAAGAUGAUUCGGAUAAUAGUUCUAGCAAGGAAUUCCAGAAGGUAAAACUUCAGAAAGUGAAUCGCAACAAAUAUUCUAAAAAGCAAUUGGUAGAUUUGGAGAGAGAUUAUACCAAAUCACCUCGUGGGAAGAAUUUCACGGAUAAUAGGAGUUUAAACGACAGUUUAAACGAACAAUCGGAUCGGAAUCUUGAUAAUAUAACAAAGAUUUUAGAAGCCUUCAAGGAAAUUUGUUCUAACUUUCAGACGCAUAUGGAAGCUUUGAAGCAAAUGUAUGGCAAGAAGGACGUAGAACAAUACGUACUGAAGUCUAUAGAAAAAGUUGACAAGUUAAAGACGAUGUUGGAAAAGAAGCAGAAGGAUUUGACCGAUUCUUAUCAAUUGUGGAUUAAGAGUAAAAGAAGAGAAUCUGGUCAUUCGAGCAAAGUAGACAGUGAUAACGAACAACUCUCGGAAAAAGGUGAAGAGCGCAUGAUGAACAAGAAUAAAUAUGUCUCCAGCGAUAUGAAGGACGGAGACCGAACGGCCGUGUCUGAAUGCGACAGCGAGGAAAUAUUUUCGGCGAACGAAACGGAAUCAUCACGGAAGAUACCAACAACUUCACGCAAAAACGCAACAGAUGCAUCGAGAACAGAAAAUUAUAUAAACAAUAAUGAAAUUAACACUGACACUCAAGAUGAAAUGUCAAAUGCAUCGAGGAGUGAUGAUAGAAAUGAUAGAGAUGGGCGAGACGAUGUGACAGCUUCCCCCGUAUUAGGUUUAAAGGAGAGGAAAAAUAACACGGAACGGUCGAGUAUAAAACAAUCGUUCUCACAAUGCGAUAAGAGUAACAACGAGAUGGAUGAAAAUUCUAAUGCCAAUAGCAAGCAAGCAAAUAUUAAAAGUUGUAAUGAGGAAAUUGAGAUAGAAAGUUCUUUAAGAAAUGAUUGUAAGAGUGUGACAUUGAAAAAUAAUGAAACGGAUCGAUCAAACAAUAGAGUUAUCAACGAAUCAAUGGACAUGUUUGAUACAUCUUUCGAGGAUACAGAAAAGAGUAAAUCAAAAGUUGAUAUUGAUAUGAAAAAGAGCACUGAAAAAGGAGAAUUUUCGCAUACAUAUAAAUCUUUAGAUUCUCGCGAUGGCUCUAUGCAAGAUAAAGCAAAAGUCUCAAGCGAAAAAGAGAAGAUGCCUCUUUUAUCUGAUGAUAAUAAAGGAGAGAAAAAUUCAUCGAAUCAAAAUAAUCAGAGGAAGAUGACACCCGUCACCAAUGAGAAAGUUUACGAUUGUUCAAAGAAAACGAAUACCGAUGACAACGAGUCUCUCGAUGACGCCGAAACAUUAGCGAAACAGAAUUUACUGGCGACAACGACGGAUUCCGAUACAUCGGAAACAUCUGACGAGGCUGAAGCAUUGGCGAAAAAGGCUUUAUUGGCGACAGAUUCCGACACGAUGGACGUUCUUGCCGAUAAAAAAGUACUCAACCCAGCUAAAGAUUUAUUCGUAAAUGAUACUAAUCGAACUGAAAAGAAAAACGGAACGGAAGACAAUGAUUCCGAUGUCAAUAGCGUCAGUACGGUAAAAUUUUCGACUUUUAUAAAAAAAACAGAUACUAAUGCUGAAGGGAAUGUUGCAGAAAAUAAGAUAUCUUGCAAAGAAAUUAAUUCUUCGGAUGAGGACGCUAAGAGAGAAGAAGUUGCCAAGAGUGCUCUCUUAGCAUCGACUUCAGACGAUUCUAUACAUUUGUCAUCGGAAAAACUUUGUGACGAUCAAUUGGACAAAUUAGACCAAGAGAUAAACUCCUCUGAUGAGAACGCCAAGAAGGAACAGGCCGCCAAGAAAGCUCUUUUGGAAUCGAAUUCGGAGGAUUCUAUAUUUUUAUCGUCGUUAUCGUCAUCGGAAAAAUAUAGUGAUGGUCAAUUAGAUAAAAGAUCUCGUCGAGAAGCAACUUCUUCAGAUGAGAGUUCUAAGAGAGAACAAGCCGCCAAAACGACUUUAUUGGAGUCGAAUUCAGAUGAUUCCGCGCUCGUAUCGUCGAAGUCGGAGAAAUCCACUGACAAGAAAUCCGAAUUGGAUUCUUCUGAAAAAAAUUACUUUGCGAAGAUAAAACUCUUAGCAUCUUCCGAUGAAGAUUCCAAUUCCGAACAAAUUUUGCCAGAAAGUACAAUAAGCGCUCUGAAAAACACUAAACGUAAUCGCGAGCCUGAGAACGACGAGGAGUCUAUGGUCUCCAGGAAGAGAAGAAAGCUUAAACUGAAUAAAAAUUCUUACUACAGAAACGAUAAAAAAUUGAGGAUGUCUUGCAGAGUUCAUUUAACGCGAUUGAGCACGGAAGUUCUUAAAUGCUAUUCGCGCGCAUUAAAAAAGUCAAGAGAGUAUCUGGAACAUAAGGAAUUCAAAAGUCUCGUUAAUCUGGAUAAACUUGAAAAAAGACGUACAAACAAUGCAAUGAAAGAUUUUGAUUCGUUGACGGAUUCUGACAAUUCGUCGUCGAAAGUUUCGAGAAAUUCAAAUAAACCUCGUAAAGAAAAGGCGAAAAUUAGAGAGGAGUCUUUGAUGGAUCAUUUGAAAAGUAUAGAAAACGGCGAUGUUGCAACGAUAGAAACGGAUUCUGAUACCGAAGAACCGAUUUGUCGAAUAAAUACUGUAGAUGAUGUACCUGUGUCUAAUGAGGCUUUAAUAUCAGAAGCAGAUAGAAUCGCAAAAGAGAAUCUUUUAAAUUCCUCUGAUUCAAAUGAAAAUGGAGUGAUAAUAGAUAGCGAUGAUAACAUAAAUGACGAUAAAAAUGAAGAUAAAACAGAGAACAAAAAGAAGAAAUAUCAGAAAAAGCCCGAGGAGAAAAUUUCAAAACAAGAUGACAACAAGAAAAACAAAAGCGAUUGGAGGCGAGACAAGUUAUUGACAGAUAAAUUUUCCGAUACUGAUUCUGAUACUGAGAGGAAAAAAUGGGGAAAAAAGCAGGAAAAAAUUGUAAACAAAUUGAAGGAAAAUAAUAGCAAUUCCGAUGACGAGGAAAAAGCGUUCAAAUCCAAGAAGAAGAAGAAGGCGGCUUGGCGAAGAAUUUUAGAUUCAGAUUCGGAUGUGAAAAUAAUGGAUUGUACUUCCGAUGAUUCCUCUAAAGCUUCAGACGAAUUUAAAGCAAAUUUAAGCGAUUCAGACGUCGCGAAGAAGGAAAAGGAAAAGUUGAGACGUAGGAGACGCAAACACGACAGCAAUUCAUCAGACACGGAUUCCUCGCUUACUGAGAAGAAACCAAAACCAAGACGAAAGCGAAUAAAGAAGAUGGCAUCUGAUAGUGAUAGUAGUAGCGUGGAAAUGAAAAAUUCACAGGGAUCUACGCCCGGUAAAAGUGGUCGAAAAAACAUACGGAAAGUUUUGAAGGACAAGCAAGUGGCAGAAGAUACAAAACUAGCUGCCAAGGAAGAAGAGGAGAGACUGAAACGUAUUGCUGAACGUCAAGCUCUUUAUAAUGAAAUGUAUGAGAUAAGGCUUGCUGGCGAAGAGAAAGUAGACAAGCUUGUAUUGGAUUUCGACACAGAAACAAAAGAGGAACUCGUUACCGUACAUGAGGAAUUGGUGAAGCGUCUAAAGCCACAUCAAGCGCAAGGCAUCAAAUUUAUGUGGGAUGCUUGUUUCGAAUCUCUAGAAAGAUUGAAGAAUACAUCCGGAUCUGGAUGUAUAAUCGCGCACUGCAUGGGUCUCGGCAAGACGUUACAGGUGAUUGCUCUGACGCACACUCUUCUUACUCAUGAGGCGACAAAUGUUAAGACAGUACUAAUAGUUUGCCCACUGAGCACGGUGCUAAAUUGGCUAAAUGAAUACAAAACGUGGUUGAGAGAUUUGGAUGAUAUCGAGGUAUAUGAACUAACAAAGUUUAAAAAAAAUUUUGAGAGAAAAUUUCAACUGCAGAGAUGGCAAAAGACAGGUGGUGUGAUGAUCAUCGGUUAUGAAAUGUUUCGUAAUCUUACGGGUCCAAAUAGAAAUAUUCGGAAGGGUAUGAAGGAAGUAAUAUUGGAGUGUCUGGUUGAUCCGGGUGCCGAUCUUAUUGUCUGUGACGAGGGCCAUUUAUUGAAGAAUGAGGAUACCGCGUUAAGUAAAUGCAUGAGAAAUGUGAAAACUCUGAGACGUAUAGUACUUACUGGGACGCCGUUGCAAAACAAUUUAAUAGAAUAUCAUUGCAUGGUGCAAUUUGUAAAGCCGAAUCUGUUGGGAACAAAAAAAGAAUUUUUAAACAGAUUUGUAAAUCCAAUAACAAACGGCCAGUUUGAUGAUUCCACUGCUUAUGAUGUCAAAUUAAUGAAGAAACGUGCACAUGUGUUGCAUAAAAUGUUGGAGGGUAGCGUACAAAGGUUUGAUUAUUCCGUGCUCACGCCGUUCCUACCUCCCAAACAAGAAUACGUUAUUUUUGUCAGAUUAACUGAUACGCAAAUUAAAAUGUAUCAAUAUUAUUUGGAGAAUCUUGCCAGACGAGGAGGUCAAGGAGGUCAAGGGGGAACUCUUUUCGCGGAUUUUCAAGCAUUGCAGAGGAUUUGGACACAUCCUGUGGUCCUACGUUUGAACGCGGAGAAAAUAGAAAAGGCUAAUGAGAAAAAGGAUCUUAGCGAUUCGGAGGGUUCAUUAAAAGAUUUUAUUAACGAUGACACUACCGAUGUAGAUAGCACCAGCAACAGUAGCAAUUCGAAUAGCGACAGUGACGUUCAGGCGAUCGAUGAAAAAGAUGUCCCGAAACGAAGAACGAGAAAUAAUCCUGGUGAGGAGGAACUAGAGGAAGAGAUAAAAGUAGAGCCUUCUACGGAAAUAGAAUGGUGGUCACAGUUUGUGCAGCCCGAGCAUUUUGAAGAUAUGCGAGUAUCCGCUAAACUAUUACUCCUCUUCGGAAUCCUAAAGGAGUCUGAACAGAUCGGUGAUAAAGUCCUCGUGUUUUCGCAAUCUUUGUAUUCUCUUACUUUAAUCGAAGAAUUUCUAAGAAGAAUAGAUGACCAGACUCAGAACGGCGAAUCCUGUGAGAAUCUGGAAAAUCAUACAGGAAGUUGGUCCCUAGGACUCGAUUAUUUCCGCCUAGAUGGCUCGACCUCGCCCGAGAACCGGAAUAUAUGGUGUAAUUUAUUUAACAAACCUACCAACACAAGAGCCAGACUAUUCCUCAUAUCCACGCGUGCCGGUGGACUUGGAAUAAACUUAACUGCGGCGAAUAGAGUGAUCAUAUUUGAUGCCAGUUGGAAUCCUUCUCAUGAUGUGCAAAGUAUAUUUCGAAUAUACAGGUUUGGGCAGAAGAAGCCGUGUUACGUAUAUCGAUUUCUCGCGGCGGGAACAAUGGAAGAAAAAAUCUACAAUCGCCAAGUUACAAAGCUUUCACUCUCGUGUCGCGUUGUGGACGAACAACAGAUUGAACGGCACUACAGUAAUCAUAAUCUAAACGAGUUGUACAUGUGGGAGGGAUAUAAUGACAAGGAGAAACCUACGUUGAAUUUGCCGAAAGAUAGGUUGCUAGCAGAGAUAUUCUUGAAAUUCAAGGAUAUCGUAGAAAAUUAUCAUGAACAUGAUUCUUUAUUGGAAAACAAGGCUGAAGAAGAAUUAAACGAAGAAGAACGUAAACAGGCCUGGUUGGAAUAUGAAGAGGAGAAGAAAGGAAAACCGCUAAUAAAUCCAAUGAAUAUGGCUUAUCAAAAUAAUAUGCUUUUGCAACAAUAUAACAUGAUGAUCAACUCCAUGCAGUCUAACAUUAUGUCUCAAAAUAUGCCUAUACAGAAUAUGGCAGAGUAUGACAAUCUCCAACAGCUUAUUCGUAAGGAUUAUCCCAAUGCGACACCGGAGCAGCAGAAACUGAUAACGAAUCGAGCCUUAAUGGAAAUGUAUAAUUAUUGGGAGAAGCAAGCCACAUUAUACAAUAAGCAACAACCAAUGCGAGCCAAUCAAAUUUUGCCGAAUUAUCAGCAAAGACCGCAAGCCACGACUUUUCAACAGAUGUCAUCAGUAUCAAAUAACAGCAACGUACACAUAAAUCAACCAGUCUCGCAGUUAAACACACUGCUUUCGGGAGGGCAAUCGAUGAAUUAUGUAAACGUGAAUAAGCCUGCGCAAUCGAAUGCACAGAUGGGAGGAGAUUUACUUCCAAAUAUAUUUACAUAUCGAAAUACUCCAUCUUCCAACAACAAAGGCGGACAGACGGACCAAGAUGUAAUAGAGGUGAUCCCUACUACAAGUAACGUGGGUGUAGCGCGCCAGAGCGGAAUGAGUAGCACACCAGUAGCUGCCCUACCAAUUGAUAACACUAAAAUCCAAGAAGAGUAAACUUCGUACAUAAUAUUUUAUACGAAUUAUUUUUCACGGUAGUAGGUUGAUAUAAAUCUCGAAUUACACACAAAAACAUAACUAAGAAAAAAAUACGAGCUGUAUACGAAAAUAUACGUUAUGUUUAUUUCCUAUGUAAUAGAAAAUGUACUAAUAUUUUGUGUUAAGAUUAAUACUAAACAGAGAAUCGACGUGCACGUAAACAAAGUUGCGUAGUUACAUGUUCAAAAUUUACUAUACAAUAGUACAUACAAUGCGGAAUAAAGUAAAAGAGAUCCAAGUGUUUAUAAAAAUGCA